AUGAGUGCUGGAUUCUGUCGUAUAUCGUAUGCUAUCCUGCUUCUGAGCAUCACACCGCCAUCUAAACGACCCCGUAGGUUUCUAUGGACUGUUAUCGGCAUCCAAUUCGUAUUUGAUGUGGUAACUGUAAUCAUCAGCUAUGUUCAGUGUCGUCCUGUCGAGGCGUUCUGGGAUACUUCUCUCGAUGGUCACUGCUGGCCUCCAUAUGUUCAGCAAUACAUGGGCUUUCUCCAAGGCACGGUGUGUUCUGCCAUAGACUUAGUCCUUGCAUUGUUUCCAGUGUCCAUGCUCUGGAAAUUAAACAUGAAAUGGCAACAGAAGGCAUACAUAAGCGGUAUUAUGGGAGUAGGCCUCAUUGCUAUGUGGGCUUCCAUUGUUAAAACAGUGCAUCUUAGAGCAUUCACAUCAACACAGGAUCUUACAUUUGCAAUGGCAAAGCCAGCGAUUUGGUGGACUGUGGAAGCCAAUCUUAUCCUCAUUACUGUCUCCGUGCCGAUUGUGGCACCAAUUAUCAUGCCCCUGAAAUCUCGAACGGAUGCUCCAAGGGAUGUACAUAUUAAUACGUUCAACUCAUGGAAGCGGGCGCAGGCUCAAAAGAAGUCGGGAACUGAGAGCUCAUUUGAACUACUUCAGGGGGAGACACUUACCAGCGAGAUUAGCGACAUUGACCCAUAA